GUCCCGUCCAUGUGAACGGAUUUAUAUCAUCAGUGUUUUCGAAACAAUAAAAAAGAAAUACUUCACUAUUAAAUCGUAUGAAAUUUCAGAUUGAAAGUGCACCUAGUGUACGAUAUCUGCAUAUCAAGAUGUUUUCACGUAUGGUCGAGUUCGCUGACUACCUUAACUCCGGACGGACCCGUGGUUCGCUAAUACCCAUACUACCCAUAUAAUCCGAGAAGGAAGUUGCCUACAUCACAUCCCCACUAUAUCAGAAGCUUCGACUAUCUCCGUUCCUUCCUACAGCAACAUCACUUACUGAGAGGGUUCCACGAUGCCGACGGACUUAGAGCAACUCAAGGAGAUGGGCUUUGACCCUGAGCGUGCUCAGCUUUCAUUGAAGAAGUCCGGCAACUUAACACAGGCACUUGAAUGGCUCGAAAAGAAUCAGGAUAUGUCAUGGGAGCAGAUACAAGAGUCAGAGGCAGCAGCAAAUCAUGGGGUUGACGAAGAUGCGCCAGCGCUCAAGCCUGGCGAAGAAGCGAGAUCACUCAAGUGUUCCGACUGUGGCAAAGGGUUCCGAAGCACUGCCCAGGCCGAAUUCCACGCCUCGAAGAGUGGUCAUGAGAAUUUUGAGGAAUCUACCGAGGAGAUCAAGCCUCUCACCGAGGAAGAGAAAGCAGCAAAGCUCCAGGAACUCAAAGAGAAACUGGCCGCUAAGCGCGUGGGCUUGACGGAGCAGGAGAAGGCGGAGAAGAAACAAAACGAGAUGAUCCGGCGUAAAGCAACCAAAGAGAGCCAAGACAUCAAAGAGCAACUCCAAGUCAAAGAACGUCUGAAAGAGGCGCAAGCAAAGAAGAAGGAGAAGCAGGACGAGAUCGAUGCUCGUAAGCGUGCUUUGGCAAAGAUUGAGGCAGACAAACAGGCCAGAAGAGAAAAGGCAGAGGCCCAGAAGGCCCAACGUGCUGGACUUGCGCCCCCUGAACCAGCAGCACCCGCAGCUCCAACCAAAACUACCGCUCCGAAGUCGAGCGCAUCCUACACCGAGGCAAGACUCAGGCUGCAGACGUCCAACGGCACUGUCACCAAGACGUUCCCUGCAGAGACAACUCUCUUCGAGGUUGCACAUGCCAUCGCCGCUGAGAAUGGCGUCCAGGCCAGUUCAUUCACGACCAACUUCCCAAAGAAAUCAUUCGAGCUAACUGAUUUCGGGAUGACACUGAAAGAAGCUGGAAUGGUACCAAGCUCGGCGCUUGUUGUGAAGUAGGGAGCACUUGUGCACCUAUGGAUGCAUGAGAAGGCGUAAAGGGUGUGAAACUUCCAGAGAUAAUCCGAUCGGGGGAGCAUAUGAGCACUGGAGUUGAUUGAGAAGUGCAUACAUUUGAUGAUUGGCAAGUGGUUGGCAAAAAGUGUAGCAGGCAGAACUACUGCCCACAGAUAGGGGUAUCUAUUCAAUGACAAAACAGACAGUGUAUCGAUCACAAAUGAGCGAAGAUCCUAUGUUUACAUGUUUAUUCUUCUGAGGCCCUAGUGAUACUGGAGGUGGUAACACUUUCCUGCUCG